GUACUGCAGAGGUUGCUCGGCUAUCAUCCUUACACUUCCACCACCCCCUGUUAACUGCAUUAUCGCCUACCCGCCGCCAUCAACCCACCUGCCACAAGAAUUCAUGCCUCCAACUACCACCACAACGUUUGCUACAGGCACAGGGAAACGCAGAAUUCACUACCGCGUAUUCGGACAUGCACAUCGAGCUCACCACGAAGGGGCCAUCAAUACGACACUUGCUAAGUACAAUUCAUUCUUUACAUACCCAACAUCCCCGCUGCCAGCGCAAUCGGCGUCUACACCACGCGCGGAAAGUACUGCGGGUGGUACCUUCUUUCCCGAGCAACUCAUCACGGAAGGGCAGCCGCCAACGGGUAUUCUUGCUCAACAAUUGCCUCCUACGAUUCCUUACGAGAGGCCAGAAGGCAAUGUAAUGGUGGCGGUUGCGGUUGCCAUCGUAGUCAUGGGAAGCCUGGUGGGCGUUAUUGUCGCAGGGGAGAUCCUGAAGCGGCGGAGACGUCGCCAGACUGGCAAGGGCGGAACAGACUCAGUGCAUGACAAAGGGAAAGAGGUCUUCAACGAGAAAAGUCCAGAUUCAUCUACAUCGUCGCUUCAGAAUUCCCCAACGUCCAUGGAGAGUUUGGCGCUUCAUCUUAAACAUGCAACUCGUCCCGCGCAGAGAACGAUACCGUCCUGGUUCUCGUGGAUCUUCCGGAAGGCUCAGGCAGGCCUGCAUCGCAAGAAUGCAGAAUCUCCAGAGACAUCGCAUGCAUCACGCACUCCUGCAGAUCGGUCAACAGAGUUUCCGCAGCGAACUACGUGGUCGGAUUUUUCAUAUACAACAGAACCGGAAUCCUUAAGUUAUCCAAGGCCGCUUUUGCAUUGCAUACUCGAGGAGUGUGAAGAUGACUGUCAAAGCCAGAGCGGCAGCGAGAUCGCCCUCACGUUGGGCCUUGCCAUACAGCGCUCCCUAGAUUCCAUGGCCUUCGCAUCGUCUGUCCACGGGGCAUCCCAAGCCAAAUCAAUUGCCAGCCUUCGAUUACCAAAAACAGUCGAAGCUGGCUCUAUCGUCGAGGAGGGUUACGAUGAAGACCGGGGAGACGCCCAGGGAGUAGGCAUUCCUGAAUCGAUACACACAGGAACAAGCAUGAGCCACUCUGGCUCAGGAUUGAUCCCCGCGGCAUCUUUGCAGACUCUCGGCACCAGAACAAGCGCAGACCACGAAAGCUUGAGAGAGGAGAUUUUCGAGCUGCGAAGGGUUCAGACGAGGAGUAUGCAGAUGGACAAGCCUGUUCUGUUGUUGUCCCUGGGCUUCAAAGCAGCAGGCGACGAAGAAGAUACAGACGAGGAUGACGAGCCGUUCGAUGCAGAACCCAAACAUGCACACAUGCACAGCGACAGCACCGCGAUUGAGAUGACACCCUCAAUUGCAGACCUGCUUCUUCCACCAGGGUGCGAAUCAAGUCUACGACCCGACCUUCGAGACAUCCUCGGAUCCCAAAUGACUCUAGCGACCCUGGCAAGCAGCUACAGCGCAGUGGACCUCGAUGACUUUCCUCUUCCUCCUUCCAUUGUACUGUCACGUCCAUAAAUUAGAAACAAAUUAACCAGUUCCAUUACAAUGAAGGGAAGCACACUGCGGAUUGAAGGCAUUAAUGAAGGGAAAUUGGACUCAGGCCGGCAGACGUUGGUAAACCUGCAACAAGCCUCAUGCCAACCCGUUUGAAUGAAAU